AUGACACAAGAAUUAAUUGAAUAUACUAACUCUGGUUUUGGUAACAAUGAAGACUUACCAAAUUAUGAUAAUGAAGGCUUAGCAAAUUAUAAUAAUGAAGGCUCACCAACUUACAUAUCUAAAAGUAAGAAAUAUUUAGGUGAAGAGUCUAUACAG